AUGGAAUACUAUGAAAAUACUUUGGAAAUUGCCAAAGAACGAGGAAAUAAACAAGAGGAAACAUGCGCAUACCUUGGGUUAGCAGAUGCUUGUAGAUUGAACAAUCAGGUUCAAAAGGCAAUGGUAUACUAUAACAAAGCCUUGAAAAUUGGAAAAGAACGAGGAUAUAAACUAGAGGAAACACAGGUGUACCUUGGGUUAGGACAUGCUUAUAAAUUGAACAAUCAGAUUCAACAGGCAAUGGAAUACUAUGAAAACAGCUUGGAAAUUGCAAAAGAACGAGGAUAUAAACUAGAGGAAACACGCGCUUACUUUGCGUUAGGAGAUGUUUAUAAAUUGAACAAUGAGAUUCAAAAGGCAAUGGAAUACUAUGAAAAAGCCUUGGAAAUUGCAAAAGAACGAGGAUAUAAACUACAGGAAACAAAGACAUACCUUGGUUUGGGAGAAGCUUAUAGAUUAGACAAUCAGAUUCAAAAGGCAUUGGAAUACUAUGAAAAAGCCUUGGAAAUAGCAAAAGAACGAGGAUAUAAACACGAGGAAACACGCGCAUACCUUGGGUUAGGAGAUGCUUAUAGAUUGAACAAUCAGGUUCAAAAAGCAAUGGAAUACUAUGAAAAAGCCUUGGAAAUUGCAAAGGAACGAGGAAAUAAACAAGAGGAAACAUGCGCAUACCUUGGGUUAGCCGAUGCUUGUAGAUUGAACAAUCAGGUUCAAAAGGCAAUGGUAUACUAUGACAAAGCCUUGAAAAUUGGAAAUGAACAGGGAUAUAGACUAGAGGGAACACGCGCGUACCUUGGGUUAGGACAUGCUUAUAGAUUGAACAAUGAGAUUCAAAAGGCAAUGGAAUACUAUAAAAACAGCUUGGAAAUUGCAAAAGAACGAGGAUAUAAACUAGAGGAAACACGCGCUUACUUUGCGUUAGGAGAUGCUUAUAGAUUGAACAAUCAGAUUCAACAGGCAAUGGAAUACUAUGAAAACAGCUUGGAAAUUUCAAAAGAACGAGGAUACAAACUAGAGGAAACACGCGCUUACUUUGCGUUAGGAGAUGUUUAUAGAUGGAACAAUGAGAUUCAAAAGGCAAUGGAAUACUAUGAAAAAGCCUUGGAAAUUGCAAAAGAACGAGGAUAUAAACUACAGGAAACAAAGACAUACCUUGGUUUGGGAGAAGCUUAUAGAUUAGACAAUCAGAUUCAAAAGGCAUUGGAAUACUAUGAAAAAGCCUUGGAAAUAGCAAAAGAACGAGGAUAUAAACACGAGGAAACACGCGCAUACCUUGGGUUAGGAGAUGCUUAUAGAUUGAACAAUCAGGUUCAAAAAGCAAUGGAAUACUAUGAAAAAGCCUUGGAAAUUGCAAAGGAACGAGGAAAUAAACAAGAGGAAACAUGCGCAUACCUUGGGUUAGCCGAUGCUUGUAGAUUGAACAAUCAGGUUCAAAAGGCAAUGGUAUACUAUGACAAAGCCUUGAAAAUUGGAAAUGAACAGGGAUAUAGACUAGAGGGAACACGCGCGUACCUUGGGUUAGGACAUGCUUAUAGAUUGAACAAUGAGAUUCAAAAGGCAAUGGAAUACUAUAAAAACAGCUUGGAAAUUGCAAAAGAACGAGGAUAUAAACUAGAGGAAACACGCGCUUACUUUGCGUUAGGAGAUGCUUAUAGAUUGAACAAUCAGAUUCAACAGGCAAUGGAAUACUAUGAAAACAGCUUGGAAAUUUCAAAAGAACGAGGAUACAAACUAGAGGAAACACGCGCUUACUUUGCGUUAGGAGAUGUUUAUAGAUGGAACAAUGAGAUUCAAAAGGCAAUGGAAUACUAUGAAAAAGCCUUGGAAAUUGCAAAAGAACGAGGAUAUAAACUACAGGAAACAAAGACAUACCUUG